CCCUGGGGAGUUCAAGCCCAGAGAUGCUGUUGCCUGAUUAUGAUGAUGAUCAAACUCCUGAAGAUGAGGAGCUGCCAGAGGGAGACACUAACUUUGGCAAUGAGAUUGAAGAACUCGCAAAGGAAGGAGAAAUGCCCAUUCAGGAGCUCCUGAGCCUUUAUGGUUAUGCAGGCAGUGGAUCACCUGAGGAAGAGGAUGAGGAAUAUGAGGAAGAGGAUGCCGAUGGAGAUGAGGAGGAUGAUGAUGAUGAUGAAGGAGAGGAUAUGGAUAAUGAUGAAAGCAGCAGAAGCACUGGAGAACUGAAGAAGAGCAAGGAGGAUGGAGCAAAUGUAUCCACAAGAAUGACUAAUGAGAGCCACACUGAGAGUCGAGCUUGUGCAGUAAAAGCCUGUAACACAGCUGAACUCAUACGAUCACAGAACCGUGGCUACUUUCAGAAUAAUGAAGGUGAUGAAGAGUCAGAGGAGGAUGAUGACUAUAUUCCAUCUGAAGACUGGAAGAAAGAAAUCAUGGUUGGUUCCAUGUAUCAGGCAGAAACACCAUCUGGACUGUGCAAAUACAAAGACUGUGAGAAAGUGUAUGAAAAUGACGACCAGCUGCUGUGGAAUCCUGAAAUUCUUCCUGAAAACACUGUGGUUGAGUUUCUCACGGAAGCCUGUCGACGGACGGGAGAGGAGACGGGUGUAGAUGCUAUUCCAGAAGGAUCCCACAUCAAAGAUAAUGAGCAGGCAUUAUAUGAGCUGGUGAAAUGUAAUUUUGAUACAGACGAAGCUUUACGAAGAUUAAGAUUUAACGUUAAAGCAGCCAGAGAGGAACUAUCUGUUUGGUCAGAGGAAGAAUGCAGGAAUUUUGAACAAGGAUUAAAAGCUUACGGAAAAGACUUUCAUUUUAUCCAGGCCAACAAGGUCAGAACUCGGUCUGUCGGAGAUUGUGUGGCUUUUUAUUACAUGUGGAAGAAGUCAGAGCGGUAUGAUUUCUUUGCGCAACAAACUAGGCUUGGGAAAAGGAAAUACAACCUUCAUCCAGGAGUAACGGAUUACAUGGACAGACUUCUAGAUGAAACGGAAAGCACUGCCUCCAGUCGAGCAGCAACACCUCUUCCUGCUGCCUCCAGCAGCAGCACCAGCCAAUCAGAGCGAGAGGAGACUAGCGGUCACAACGGACUCACCAGUCACAGCUCCAGUGCAGUCGCCACACAGAUGUUGAUGAGUAGUGUAAAUGAGCCGAAGAGUGAAUCUGUUCAGUCAAACGGAGCAUCUAAACACAGUCUACUCGCAGAUCAUCUGGACUCCAACGGCUGUAACCUCACAGACACUUAUAACUCGGACAGAAAUGGCUCAGUGAAUCACCAACAUGACUGCCAGAGCCUAGACAGACCAACAAAAAAGUGCCGGACAGAAUCAGAGUCACUGGCCCAGGUUGAGACGGACCCUUCCAGGGUAAAAGAAGACUGAAAAAGACCAAAGGUCAGGCCAAAAUCUUAAACUGUGGAGAUGGGUCAGGGCUGUGACACCUCUCAGCCUAUCCACCCUAUACCCAAAGCUGAGCUGCUCCAAAAACACCACCCUCCAAACCCAACCACAGCUGAUUAAUGCUCCUUUUUCAAGAAACCAUUUUACAGAGAAAUGUAUAUUCUAUAUGUAAUGGAAUUUUUCUGAUAUUUUUUUAUCAACAAGAUAUUUAUAUUUUUUAUUGAGACAUUUGACAAUGGGUGAAUAUGCUGUAUAAGCCAUUAUACGUACCACAUGAGGAUGAAUGCUGGUGGGCGUGGUCUCUUGUGUUUAGGGCGGGGCCAGUAUGUCUCCAGGCAAAUCAAGUUGCGUUUUGGUUUACAUUAUAUACUAAUGUUUCACUGCUCAGCUGGUUUGUGUUAGCGGAGGCACACUGCGAGCUCCCCACAAAUGUAGUCAAAAUAAAUAAGCCAAUGGAAUCACUCCUUCUAAGCUUUGUGUUUGUAAAGCAUCCAGAAAAUUGGUUUGUUAGUUGUAUUUUCUAUUAACUGAGUGAAUCUGUUUACUUUUCAUUGUUUUGUUUUUUGUUGGUGUUUUUUAAUAGUGUAAAGGAAAUGAAGCCCAUUUUUGGGACCAUUAUUUAGCUUCAUACCUAAAGGUAUCUAAUGUUUUAGUCAUUCUCAUUAAUUUAUCAUAGAUUACUGUAAUACAUUGAGGAAAAAUAUCACCCAGUCUGAACACAAUAAUUGAUUUAAAACUACAACUGCCAGAAAUAAAGAUGAAGACAAGAAAAAAAAAAAAAAUUAAUACAACCGUAAAAUACAAAUACAUUUCUAUGUACACAUGUUCACUUUAAUGUAAUAAGAAUUUUUGAAAAUGUUACAGCUCUAAAAUGGGCUUUGUUUUCUUAGAUCAAAAUAUAAUUUAUAUCUUUUGGAAAUUAAAAAUGAUUAGAGGGCAUGUUAUUGACGUGGGCAUUUCUCUUUGUAAAAGAGGUAUUAAAAGAGGCUCUUGUCAUGUGUAGGUUCAAAUAGAUUUCUUGCACAUGUUUUGAUAUUCACACUGCAAAUCCAUCUUUAGAAUUUUUUUUUUUGUGUGUGUGUGUGUAUUUUGUACAUGAUAUUCAGAAGCGGUUUGUGAGAACUCAAAUUCUUGCAAUUAAUGAAACUGGAUGAUUAUGUCAUUUGUAGCCAACGGACUAUAAUAGAACAACCAAUAACGGUAAAUGUAAGUAACAUGUUUCUGCUUAAACAGUUUUAAAAGCGGUCAGAAUUAAUAGUUGAAUAAUUCAAAUCAAUGCAAAUAUUUAUUCCAAAUUAAUAAAAUAGCCCAGAGGAAUUAAUGGAAUGUCCUUCACCAAAAACAAUGUUUUUAUUUUUUUACUUUGUGGGUCAGUUGGAUUUAACAAGCUUUACUUCCCUAGAGCCAUGUUUAUUGCAAUAUUUUUAAUUUAUGAAACUGGAUCUCACGGCCACAUAUGUCCAUAACUACAUUUAAAUAUACUAUUUGAGUAUUUUGUUGACAGGAAUUCACUUUAAUAUUGCACUCCUAUAUAAACAUGCGCUCAGCUUCUAGAAAAAAGUUCGCUUUUACACUUCGUUCUGUGGAGAAUGUUCAUUUACACUUAAAAAAUCAUGGUGCUAUAUUUCCUCUGGUCAUCUUCAUUGGCUUAUUUAUUGUCAUUUGUGUUGUUUGUCACCAUUUGAAGAGUUCUCUUUGCUUCAUGUAUGUGACUGUAGCAUUAAUCUUAUUUUAAAUGGUCUAGAGUGCGAUAUACUGUAUGCAGUCGUUCUGAUCAGAUGUUAUGCAUUAAAUACAUCGUAAAUGCCAA